UAGAUAGAUAGAUAGAUAGAUAGGUAGAUAGGUAGGUAGGUAGAUGUGAAUGUGAAAACAAUGAUUAGACUGAAUUAAUAGUGUCUUUUAUUCAUUUUCAUCACUCUUCUUCUUUUUUUAUUCUUAUUCUUAUUGAAUGUUAACGUAUACAAUUUGGUGUUUCUAAUUAUUUAAUUAAUUAAUUAAUUAAUAAAUUAAUCAAUUGAUCAAUAUUAUGGAAUAUCUUGAACAAUUUACAGUGAUUGAUAAAAAUCGAGAUGGAAUCAUUUCAAGAAGGGAUUUAUUUAAAUAUGCAUUAAGUAUUGGUGAAGAUUUGUCGAUGGUUGAUAGAUGGUUAAGACUUUUCGAUACAAAUGAUAAAGGCAUAAUCACAAUUGAAGAUGUCAGUCGUACUCUGGGUGUACCACCUCCGAAAUUUUAUGAUGAAAGAUAUAAUCGACGACUUAAUGGAAAAUUUGAAUCAUCCAAUGAUGUUUUUCAUCAAGCUGCAGCAAAAUUUCGUUCAACUGAAGAUAUUACACGUUAUUCACAAUCAUCAUUAACAUCUACAGAAAAUUUAUCAAUAUAUAAACGUAGUUAUUCUAGUGAUAAUGUACCAUCAGAUUAUCAUAGAUUAAAAGUUGAUAAUUCAUGGCAACUAAAUGAUGAACCAUUAAUUAUAGAAUAUUCAUAUGAAAAAAUUAAAGAGAAAUUAAAUCAAUUAAUUGAAAUAGCUAUGAAAAAACAAAUUGAUAUUCAAACAAUACCACAAUUUAUAGCAAUAGCAUUAGAAAAAGAAUAUGGUCGUAAUUGGCAUGUAAUUAUUGGACCAUAUAAAGCUGGUUGUGCUGUAACACAUUUAAUUGGACGAUUCUCUAAUGCUCAAUAUGCAUCAUAUCAUGUGAUUGCAUUUCAAACAUUGGAUUUGUAAAGUGUUCACCUUCUUUCUUUCUUUCUUUCAUUCUUUCUUUCAUUUGUUAUUGUUACUACCUUUUAUAUCUUACAAUUUACUUGUUCAUUAUAUUCUAUUGGUAAUAUGGAACUUGUGUACCUAUCACUAGUAUGCUUUGUUUAUUAUUUAUAUUGCAAUAUGACAAUUUAGCUAAUGUUAUGUAUGGAUUAUAUAUUCUUUCGAAUAACACUAAACUUGAAUGUUAGCAUAGAGAACUAUGGAAAACGGUUGUAUAAGUGUUGAAAUAAAUAAUGAAAAAAAGAAGAUAAAGGUAACUCUUUGUAAUU